GUGUCCAACGAGCAUUACAGUGGUCAAAUCAGUCAACAGUAGCCAUUUUUGUUACAUUAUAAGACAAAUUCAAUCAUGUUUUACACCCUUAUUAUUUCUAGCGCUCGUCUGUCAAUCCUUUUAUUUGUCCAGAUGUGAUCACUGAAUUGGCCAUCGCAGCUGCCAUCGUUUUCGGUGGCGGUUACGAUUUCAUUAGACAUUAGGUAUAUUUCCCGGGUAGAUCUAGAAAGGUAUUAUUACACUUAUGGAGGCUGGAGGAGGCGCCAGCACUGAAAGUGACAGACGUCAAGAUUGAAAGUGUGGUCCGAAUGGGAAAGAGAGAAAGUGAAAGAAAACGUCCCCUGCUGGUGAAACUUACAAAUGAAAGUGAAAAGAAGAACAUUUUGGCAAGCGCCAAAAAUCUGAAGGGUGAAGAAAACCCAUGGAAAAAGCGAGUAGGCAUAUCACGAGAUAUGACAAAGAUGGAAAGAGACCAGGACAUGAGACUGAGGGAAGAACUGAAGGUCAAAAGAGCUGCUGGUGAUCACACAUGGUACAUAAAAAAUGGGAAGCUACAAAAGAAAGAGGGAGAGGUGCAGAGAGAAAGGCAAAGAGAGAGCCAGUAAAAACAGAUAGAUCAAAAAAGAAAGAAGAUAGAGAUGUGAAAAGGAUCAUUAUAAAUUUAGUCAAUGUGCAAGGUUUAACAAAACCAAAGGUGAUAGAGCUAGAACAGCUCCUACAAACAGACUGUGAUUUCAUAUGCCUUACGGAAACUCAGCAAAAAUAUGAAAAAGUCCAAUUAUCAAAGGGCAUAAAUAAAGUUGAUAGUAUGCGAGACAUGAAAGACAAGAAAGGAGGCGGUUUGCUCCUUAUGUACAAAUCCAAAGAUCUCUUCAAUGUAACGAAGGUACAAACUACAAGCAGUGAUAUUCUCUGUGUAAAGGUGGAUAUAGCUAGAGAAACAAUGUAUAUAGUGAUAGUUUAUUUCUCUGUUGUUAGCAAACACGAAGAUAAAGUACGAAAUGACAGAAUGAAAAAGGAAGUGGAGAAAAUAAUUAUGAAAACCAGAGAAGAGCAGGAAGCACUUAUGAUACACUUAUGAUGACUUCAACGGACACAUUAGUGGACUGGGAAAGCAAAAAGAAGAUGACAAUGGAAAAACAGUUCUUGAAUGGAUGAAUGAUCAUGCACUAAUUUUACUAAACAUGGAUGAAAGAUGCAAGGGACAGAUAACAUGGCAGAGAAAAGAACAGCAAAGUGUGAUUGAUUUUGUAAUAGUAAAUGAUAAAUGUUACAAAUGGUUUGAAGAAAUGAACAUAGAUGAAGACAGAGAAAAGUUUGAUCUCUCAGAUCACAAUAUGAUCACUGUGAGCAUGAGGCUACCAGAUGGUAAGAAUCUCAAUUUCUCCCAGGGGAAAGAAAAGACAGUAGAAUACUACAAGACUGAUGAAGAGGCACUGAAAGAGUUUGCAGAGGAAGUAUGCAGAAGGGUACAAGAUGAAGAGAUGCAAACAAUGGAGAUGUUAAAUAGAACUAUGCAAAAUACUGCAGAGGACAAGCUAAAAGCCAGAUAUAUAAGGAGAGUUCUGAACUCACAAGUACAAGUGAAAGAACCUCCAUGGAUGACAAAAGAAAUAAAAAAAGAAAUCAAGAAAAGAAAAGAAAUAAACAGGAAAAAGCGAAAUGCCCAAUCUCAGGAAGAAGUCGAGGCAUUGGAAAUAGUGUAUCUGAAACAGAAAAGACAUGUACAAUCCCUGAUCAAGGAGCAGAUGGGUAUACAUGAGAAGAAGAUAACCAAUGAAAUAAAAUGCAGCACAAACAAAAGCAAAGCUCUAUGGAAGAACAUUGAUAGCCUAAGGAGAAGGGAUUUAAAAAAGAAUGAGGAAACAAACCUGUUCACCUCAGAUGGACAAAAGCUGGGGAAAGAAGCAGAAAAGGAAGAACUUAUAAGAUAUUGGAAGACUGUAUACCAAAAGCAUGCAAAUGAUAUAAGUCAGAUAUGGAAUGAAGAAAGCAAAAAUGAAUAUAUCAGAGCAUUAGAGAAUGAGGAGCAAUCUAGCAAUGUCAGAAGACCACUACAAGAUCAUGAAGAGAUGGCCCAAACUGCUACCAGAGGCCUGGAGCCUGACGUAUGGGGUGGUCGCAAGAAGUUGCAACAAACUGCUGAUAGGGAAAACCUUCUGGAAGAGCCUUGCUCUGCCAUCCAUAUUAUAUGGUGUCAAUAUAUUCCACGUAACAGAAGAAGAGGUCAAGAAGCUGGAAGUUAUAGAAAACGGAGUAUAUCGGCAGAUACUUGGUGCACCGAAAUACACAGCCAACUGUGCCCUCCGAGGUGAAAUUGGAGCUUCGGCGAUGAAAACAAGAGUAAUCAAAGGACAUCUACAGUAUGUUAGAAGCACUCUACAAGGAAAUAACCAACUAUUGAAGGAAGUGAUAGAAACUCAAUUAGAAGAAAAGGGUACGAAAUGGGCGAGGAUGAUUAUCACACACUUAGAAACCCUAAAUCUAAACCAAGGCGACCUUAGAAACAUGAAGAAAGAAGAACUAAAUAAGAAGAUGAUUAGUUGGGACGAUAAAAGAUGGAAAGAGGAAGUAGAGACUAAAACAAGUUUGAAGGUAUACAAGAGAUGGAAGCUGAAGAUAAAAGAGGAUGAUGUUUAUGACAACACCCCGCAAUCAAGAAUCCUCUUUCAAGCGAGGACGGAUACUCUCCCUCUGAACGCAAGGAAGAAGUUUACAAAAGAAAGAACGAACUGUGCCUUGUGUGAAGCGGAAAAUGAAGAUAUUAAUCAUUUCUUGCUAGAAUGUCCAGUAUUAAAUGAAGUUAGGGUGAAUCAUCGUGAAUUACAACAGCCAUACUUGGAAGACAAAGAAGAAGUUAUAAUGAGAUUUCUAUUUGAUAAGGAAAGAAGGAAUAUGGAAGAAAAGAAACAGAUUUUGUACAGCAUGUGGACCCUAAGAACUAAAAGGCAAAAAGAGCUCAAUACUUGUUAAGCACCCCGUACCAACUCAUAGCGCGAUAGUUUAAGUUAAAGUUUAAAAAGAAAAGGAGGAGCCGUUGCAAAGGCAAUUCCUCAAAACCGUCAAGUUCAAGUU